AUGGGUACUCUGGUUUUGAUUAGCAAAACCAUCACUCUGCUGAAAAGUGCUGAUGUGGAAUAUGUGAAUUCUGAAUAUGGAAAGAAUGCAGUGAGGCUUCUGUACAUUCGAAGAGAGGGCAAGAUACACUGCAUCAAAGAACUGACCAUCUCUUUACACAUAAGACUGAAUAGUGUCAAUGAAUAUGAGAAUAGCGACAAUUCGUGCGUCAUCCCCACAGACACCAUUAAGAAUACAAUCCAGGCUUUGGCAAAGUGCCGAGGGAUUAGAACAAUAGAGGAGUUUGGCCUCGAUCUCUGUGAGCACUUCCUCACACAAUAUUGCCAUGUGAUAUAUUGCAAUGUCUUUAUCCAGGAGGUACCAUGGCAACGCCUGGAAAAGGAUGGUGUCCCCCAUGCCCAUGCUUUUUUGUAUAGUUCUGAAGGAGUCCGCUUUUGUGAAGUGGAACGGAAUUUGAACGGUUGUCCAAAUGUUUUCUCUGGCAUCAAGGAUUUGAAAAUUAUGAAGACAACCCAAUCUGGCUUUCAUGACUUCUUCAAGGAUAGAUACACCAUACUGCCAGACAGGAGAGACAGGGUGCUGUCAGUGGAAACAAUGAUCAAGUGGUGCUAUGGCGACUGCACAGAAGGCAUUGACUAUGACUUCAUAUGGAGAACUGCCCAUGAAGCUGCCCUAGAUGCCUUUGCUGGCCCACCUGAAACAGGCCAUUACUCACCUUCUUACCAGAGGACUGUCUACUGUAUUCAGACAUAUAUCCUGGAGAGGGUUCCACAGAUUGAAGAGGUAGAAGUGAUCAUGUCCAACAUCCAUUAUAGUGUUGCAGAUCUAGACAAACUGGGAUUGUGCAAUGACAAGGAGAUCUUGACUCCUCAAGAUACACCAUUUGGCGCUUGUGCAACUACAUUGCGUCGCAAGAAGUGCUCAGAAGGAGAAUACGAACAACCAACGGAGUGCAAACCCCGUCACACUGUUUCAUGGAAGUCUGACCGUGCGAUGAAGUGA